AUGUGCACACAUGAUGACGGAGAGUUCCAAGCUGCAUACACUAGCCGCGCGACAUUAAGGAGGUUAUGGUUACAAUGCUCAGCUAAUUGUGAUCCAAAGACCUGUCGGUCUAUGUCUGGGUUGCUGGAUUAUGCCACAAAUGUAUCACUUUCAUCAGAUAAGUGGCCAGUACUAGAGGAACUUGCAAUCGGGGCACCACAGUGGAAGAAUUCCGGACCAGCCUCAAACGAAAGCUGGUUAGAGCUUCCAAUGCUCAGAUCUCUCAAGGUAUUGCGGCUAUUACAAUGGCAGACCAGCACGCAGCAACAAAGAAAUUCACAGACGGUCGAAAAAAUACUGCCGCGGGUUGAAGCUUAUGUCAACCUGCUCUACUGCUGGUCAGGUAUCGCCUUCGGAGAACCACCAAGUCUUAGAAUUAUUGUUGUGGAUACAGAUAUCGGUAGUGGCUGUCCCGGAACAGCUGUCCAGGCUCCUCUAUACUUCGUCAUCUAUCACUUUGACGAUUUUGUACAAGAGGACGGAAUUAGUUCACCACUCGUUUUCAACGAGAACUACGAAACCGCCAUGAGAGUUUGCAAAGAAAUCAAUUGCUCUACUUAUUUGCUUCAGUUUGGACCUCCAAUCCCUGAGGGGCUUUGGGAUAGCAAAUAA